CAAAUCUACAGCACCUGCUUCCACCAGUCUGCCAAAUUUUACCAACUUCAUAACUGACACCGGGCUCAAGAAAAGGAGCUAUUAAACAACCACGGCAUUGUCUUCGAAGAGAACACUCGUGACACGUUUGAAAGCUGAACAACACACUCACGAUGCUGUCCACUCUCGGAUUGUGCGCGAGAAAAAGGCCCAGACCCGUGGAGUCAUUUCAGGAUGGAUGUAGUAGUAAAAGUAGAAGUAGUAGUAGUAGUAAAAAUGUGAAGUUUGGAGAUAUCAGACUGUAUUUUGUGGAAAAGAAGAUGGGACGGAGCAGGAGGAGUUUUCUGUCCCAACUUGCGACGUCAAAAGGAUUCAUAGUUGAAGAGAUGCUCAGUGAUGAAGUAACGCACGUGAUCGCGGAGGAUAACGACGCUGCCUCCUUGUGGGCGUGGUUAAAAGGACGGGGCCUGAACAGUUUACCCAUGAUGCACGUGGUGGACAUAAGCUGGUUCACGGAGAGCAUGAAAGACGGCCGACCUGUUGCCAUGGAGACCAGGCACCUCAUCCAGGACACUGGGGUGAAGACUUGUCCCGGCCCGUCUCCUGAGAGCACAGUGUCUCAGUACGCCUGCCAGAGACGGACCACCACAGAAAAUAAAAAUACGAUUUUCACGGACGCCCUGGAGGUCCUGGUGGAGCACUACGAGCUGUCUGAGAUGGAGGGUCCGUGUGUGUCCUUCAGGAGAGCGGUGUCCGUGCUGAAGAGUUUGUCCUGGAGCGUGGAGAGUGUGAGGAGCACAGAGGGGCUGCCCAGCGUGGGGGACACCAUCAGGAAUCUCAUAGAGGAGAUACUUCAAUACGGCCGCUCAUUUGAAGUGGAGAAAAUACUGGCGGACGAGAAGUACCAGACUCUAAAGCUGUUCACGAGUGUGUUCGGAGUCGGACCUAAGACUGCACACAAGUGGUACCGCCAAGGACUGCGCUCCCUCUCCCAAAUCCUCGCUCAUCCACAUAUUCAGCUCAACCGGAUGCAGCAAAACGGUUUCCUCCACUAUUCCGACCUCUCCAGGGGGAUGAGAGCUGACGAGGCCCGGGCCGUGGAGGCUCUGAUCGGGGAGACGGUCUGGAGUGUGGCCCCAAACGCUCUGGUGACUCUGACCGGAGGCUUCCGCAGGGGGAAAGAGUUUGGGCACGACGUGGACUUUAUUGUGACAACAGCGGAGGCGGGUGGAGAGAGCCUUCUUCUGCCGCUGAUAAUGGAGAGAUUACAGGAGCAGGGCCUGCUGCUGUUUCAGGACUACAGACCCUCCACAUUUGACCUGGAGAAGAUCCCCUGUCGCCGCUUCGAAGCCAUGGACUAUUACGCCAAGUGUUUUCUGAUCCUGAAGCUAGAGGGCAGCAGAGUGCAGGGGGGAGUGGAGGGGGACCGAGGGUGGAGGGCGGUGAGGGUGGACCUGGUCUGUCCUCCAACCGAACGCUUCGCCUUCACUCAGCUGGGAUGGACUGGCUCACGGCAGUUUGAGAGAGACCUCCGGAGGUUCGCGCGCAUCGAAAGAAACAUGAUUUUGGACAACCAUGCCCUGUACGACAAAACCAAGAAUCAGUUCUUGGCAGCUCUGACCGAAAAGGACAUCUUUGCCCAUCUGGGUCUGGAGUACAUGGAGCCCUGGCAUCGGAACGCGUAGUCCUGCUCUCGUCUCCUGCCCCGCUCGUCCCAUCUGCUCGAGUCUCUGCUGAAAAUAUGUAACGUGCUCUCGAAGUCCUGGUUUAGAUCUGGUUUAGACCUGGUUUAGACCCAAUUUAGACCCAAUUUAGUCCAUGUUUUAGUUUAGUCUUGCUCUCUGCGGCCCUGCUCAUCAGAUUUGCUCAAGUCUCUGCUGAAAAUAUGUAACGUGCUCUCGAAGUCCUGGUUUAAUCCUGGUUAAGACCUGGUUUAGACCUGGUUUAGACCUGGUUUAGACCUGGUUUAGACCUGGUUUAGUCCUGGUUUAGUUAUGAUUUGGUCCUGGUUUAGUCUUGGUUAUGUUUUAGUUUAGUCUUGCUCACCUUUAGGCUGCCCUGUUCAUCCCAUCUGCUCAAGUAUCUGCUGAAAAUAUGUAAUGUGCUCUCAAAGUCCUGGUUUAGAUCUGGUUUAGACCUGGUUUAGACCCAAUUUAGACCCAAUUUAGUCCAUGUUUUAGUUUAGUCUUGCUCUCUGCAGCCCUGCUCAUCAGAUUUGCUCAAGUCUCUGCUGAAAAUAUGUAACGUGCUCUCAAAGUCCUGGUUUAGUUCUGGUUUAGUUCUGGCUUAGACCUGGUUUAGUUCUGGUUUAGUCCUGGUUUAGUCCUGGUUUUUCCUGGUUUAGACUUGGUUAUGUUUUAGUUUAGUCUUGUUCUCCUCUCUGCUGCCCUGCUCAUUAGAUCUGCUCAAGUCUCUGCUGAAAAUAUUUAACAUGCUCUGAAAGUCUUGGUUUAGUCCUGGUUUAGUCCUAGUUCAGACCUGAUUCAGACCUGGUUUAGACCCAAUUUAGACCCAAUUUAGUCCAUGUUUUAGUUUAGUCUUGCUCUCUGCAGCCCUGCUCAACAGAUUUGCUCAAGUCUCUGCUGAAAAUAUGUAACGUGCUCUCGAAGUCCUGGUUUAAUCCUGGUUUAGACCUGGUUUAGACCUGGUUUAGUCCUGGUUUAGUUAUGAUUUGGUCCUGGUUUAGUCUUGGUUAUGUUUUAGUUUAGUCUUGCUCACCUUUAGGCUGCCCUGUUCAUCCCAUCUGCUCAAGUCUCUGCUGAAAAUAUGUA